UUUAAAUUACGAUAUGUCUUGUUCAAAAAUAUUUUCAGGAGAUUUACCUGAAUUAAUAUUUGAUAUCAUAAAAUAUUUUCAGGAUGAUUAUUCAACCUUAUAUUCAUGUGUUUUAGUUAACAGAUUAUGGUGUCGUUUAACGAUUCCAUUAUUAUGGGAAAAUCCUUUUUCAAUCUUGAAAUUGAUACUU